AGUUGCCACCCUGCAGCAAAGAUGACGCUUCAAGCGGCUGCAAUAAACGCGCCGCCGACUGCAGUUAAGGAUGACCGGGACACCCUUCCGUCGCCGUCGACCGCACAGCAUUCUCGAUUUUUGACACGAAGAGAGGCGCCUCCUGCUCCGAUUGGGAUUCCGGGACGCUUCAUCCUCUUCUUCCCUUAAUUUAUUAUCCCUCACUACUUCAACACAAAUGUCCACCGCCGCCAUCUCUUGGAUGUCGCCCAUGGCCGACAUUCCACAGCUCACAGCCUCGGACGACCCGGUCGAGAACUCCAAGCAGGUGCUCAAGGCGCUCAAAUGCGUGGCCUUCUCCAGUAAACAGGUGGGCGACGUGAUGCGUCGUCGUCGCGAGCGUCUGACCAAGCGUCUGCAGGCCGUGGCCGACGAGACGGAGCUGCUGCGCGCUCACAUUGUGGAGAACGUGCUCAACCAACGCCAGCGUCUGGAGCAACUGCGUGAACUGCAGGACGACCUGGAACAGGCGCAGACACUCGGCCAGCCGGAUCUGCUAAAGGAUCUGGCCGACGAGCUCAAGCUGCUGCGUCGCGAGGACCAACGCGAGAGUGUUCUGCUACGUAACCUCAAGCGCACAAUGCGCUCACGUGUGCGUGUCAAGCGGGCACUGCAGGAGCAGAAGACUGCUGCAGAUGAAGCCAUGUUGGUCUUCAACUGCAAGAACAGUCUCAUCCAGACCAUGGUGGCUACAUGCUCCAAGACCACGUUCUUGUCGGCGUCUGAACUGGGCUACGAGGAGGAAGGAUACGUCGAAGGCGAGCACGCAGACGACGAAGAGUACAGUGGCGCCAGUGAGAGCGACUACGACCUGAGCGACUUCGCUGAGGUCAACGAGGACAUUGACAUGGAUGUGGACUUUGCCGCUGGUGAACAGAGUGAGAGUGACUAUCCGAAACUACGCGUGGUCCAGUCGGACAGCGAACAUGACGGAGAAGACGAGAAGGAGACGAUCGCCGAGUCGAGUGUGAGUGCGUGGUCGUUCGAGAGCGACUCGCAGGCCAGUUCAACAGUGAAGAACAGUCGACGUCGGUCGGUGUCGUUCGGGCCGCUGCCACUGACUGAGGAGAACGUCACGAUGGCACAUCCGAUGACGCUGGAGGAACUGAGUGAAGACGAUGCUGAAGGAGUCGGAGACCGCCGUAAGUCCAUGUAAUUAUCGUUCAUAGACAACACUCAGGCUCGCUUCUGGAUGAAACUGGGGUUGCAGACGCUCAAAUUCCAGUGUCGAAGCAUCGAAAUUUGUAAAUAAUUAUAUAUUUCUCUUUGUGAGUGAUAUUGAUAUCUCGACAGAAGGCCGUCGACUAACAACUUCUACUAGAUCGUUUGAAAUUCCACACAAACGAUUGCAUACAGUAAGUAGGUCAACCAGAAGUCACCUAGCACACGUUAAUAUUCUUCUUCUGAAUCCUCCGUUACUUCGCAUGCUAGUAGUAGCUUGCAAACUCAAUCAACUCAUCCCACCAUUUAGCUGACC